AAAUUCUCAGUAAGUCAACCUCAAAGAGGAAGCAGCAGCAUCACACACAGAUCUGAAGCAGAGAAGAAAAGUGUCACUCAGCGUCCGUCCGCUGACAGAGAAGGACACGAUGUAUCGACUGGAAUUAAUCCUCAUAUUUAUGCUUCAAGGAAUCAGUGGAGAGAACAUCGUCGUCUACAACAGACCUGGACAAGAUGCUGUUCUGCCCUGUCGCACUGAAUCAUCAUCCUCUCUCCCAACAUGCUCCUCAGUUAUGUGGCUAUACAACAGACGUCCAGGGCAGCUUUUCUUUGAGGUUGUGAAAGGAAAAGUAUUUCAGACCUCACCCCGAGCUGCCAGGCUGAGUGUGGACACUGACUGCUCUUUGAUCAUUAACAAGGUCACUGAUGAGGAUGUUGGUCUCUACACCUGCAGUGUGGGACAGGACACUGGCCUUGAUGUAUCUGUAUAUCUGAGUAUUCUGACAAUCUCUCCAUCUUCACCAGGGAGAGGCGGUGAAGUCAACCUGGAGUGCUCUCUGUUGAAAUACACAGACCUGAAACUCGAUCAAGACUACAUUCGCUGGGCGGAUGAGACAGGAGCUGUGCUGCCUGGUAGAGAUGUUGGGAACCUUGUCUCUGUUAUGACUGUGAAGCGUCAGAGUGGCAAUAACAGGAGAUACACCUGCCUGCUUCUUAAGGACAACGUUGUUAUGACAGAGGCUUCCUACACACCUGACUUCCCAGAAGUUCAAACAGAUUGCAAAGGCCGGUCUCCUCUGAGCAUCUUCAUGUUUCAUCUGAAUAUUGCAAGACUGGUCAUGAUGAUUGUACUCUUAGUUCUCAUCAUCAAAAACAGAUGGAAGAAAAAGGCACUUGACAAUGACAACAAUGGGAAUAAUGACACCCAGUAUGAUGAUGUAGGAGCACCUCCUGCUGCCGCCGCGCAACUGCAGUGAUCAAAAACUUCAGCUAUCAGGAAGUCAGUCAUUUCAAUCAUCAAAGCUUCAAGUUGAAAUGAUUGUUUUAUAUUUAGAAUAGACUGCUCGCUCUUUUUAUGCCUUAAGUAAUGUAAAUAAUUUUGUGUCAAAGUGUUUUCUGUGCGAAAAACAACUUGAUCUUGUGUCAGAACAGUCAGAAAUGGAGAGAAACUGAUGUAAAUGUAGGAAGUUGUCUAAAAGUGCUAACUUGUGGUUGAAGAGAACUAGUGAGUAAACACA